AUGCAAGGAGCCCCACCAGCACCACCACCGCUAAAGACUCGCUUCGAAAUCGUCAACACAGUAUACAACGAUCCAUUCUUCUGGAGCGUCUUCAAGGGAGUAAUCGGAUUCGGUGUAGGAGUCGUCGUCGCCAGAUCAGUCAGCGAAGAAUGGGCAACCGUCGUUUAA